CACCAUGCAGUUUCGCUCGGCCUGAAGCAACUUUCUUUUCCGUCUUCUCCGGAGUUCCGGCUGGCAGUUGGAAACACCAAUGCGCGUUUUGGAUCCGCGCGUUUUCCGCCAAUUGGAGGGCUGGAGGGGCGGUAUUUCUAGAGUAGCCACCGAGCGUUCAGCUGAGUAUUGGAGUCCGGCAACGGCCCCCUGGGAGAGGAGGCGUGCUUCAUUUUUAAAGGGCCAGUAGCGGAAGAAAGUUGCGGGCAGAGUUUCCUGAGGGGGUGCUUCUUCGGGCUCCCUGAUUGGUCCUUGUCCGGCCCCUUCAGGGUGGCAGCAAAGCACCGCGCCUUGGUGGGGCCGACCGUCUGGGGAGCCUCCGACCGCAGAAUGGAGCAGGCAGCGCCUAAAAGCAAGCUUAAAAAGCUCAGUGAAGACAGCUUGACUAAACAGCCUGAAGAAGUAUUUGAUGUCUUGGAGAAGCUUGGUGAAGGGUCUUAUGGCAGUGUAUUUAAAGCUAUUCAUAAGGAAUCUGGACAAGUUGUAGCAAUUAAGCAAGUCCCUGUUGAAUCAGAUCUACAGGAAAUAAUUAAAGAAAUUUCUAUAAUGCAACAAUGUGACAGCCCUUAUGUUGUCAAGUACUAUGGCAGCUAUUUUAAGAACACAGACCUCUGGAUUGUUAUGGAGUACUGUGGAGCUGGUUCUGUCUCUGACAUAAUUAGAUUACGAAAUAAAACGCUUACAGAAGAUGAAAUUGCAACCAUUCUUAAAUCUACUCUUAAAGGACUUGAAUAUUUGCACUUCAUGAGAAAAAUACAUAGAGAUAUAAAGGCUGGGAAUAUUCUCUUGAAUACUGAAGGGCAUGCCAAGUUAGCUGAUUUUGGAGUAGCUGGACAGUUAACUGAUACAAUGGCAAAACGCAAUACUGUCAUAGGUACUCCAUUUUGGAUGGCUCCAGAAGUAAUACAAGAAAUUGGUUAUAACUGUGUGGCAGACAUCUGGUCCCUUGGUAUUACUUCAAUAGAAAUGGCUGAAGGAAAGCCACCGUAUGCUGAUAUUCAUCCAAUGAGGGCAAUUUUUAUGAUUCCCACAAAUCCCCCUCCAACAUUCCGGAAGCCAGAGCUUUGGUCUGAUGAAUUCACUGACUUUGUGAAGAAAUGUUUAGUGAAGAAUCCUGAGCAAAGAGCUACUGCAACUCACCUUCUACAGCAUCCUUUUAUUAAAAAUGCCAAGCAAGUCUCAAUUCUGAGAGACCUGAUUACUGAAGCUAUGGAAAUUAAGACCAAAAAGCAUGAAGAACAACAGAGGGAACUGGAAGAAGAGGAUGAAAACUCGGAUGAAGAUGAACUCGAUUCCCACACCAUGGUGAAGACUACAUCUGAUAGUGCCGGUACAAUGAGGGCCACAAGUACAAUGAGUGACAGUGCUCAGACCAUGAUUGAACAUAAUAGCACCAUGCUAGAAUCGGAUUUGGGGACCAUGGUAAUAAACAGUGAUGAUGAUGAUGAUGAUGAUGAUGAAGAUGAAGAUGGAACCAUGAAAAGAAAUGCUACAUCACCACAAGCUCAGCGACCUUCAUUUAUGGACUAUUUUGAUAAACAGGAUUCCAAAAAUAAGGCCAAUGAAAACUGCAACCAGAAUAUACACGAAUCUUAUCACAUAUCAAAGAAUGUUUUCCCUGAUAACUGGAAAGUUCCCCAGGAUGGUGACUUUGAUUUUCUAAAAAACCUAAGUCUGGAAGAGCUGCAGAUGAGAUUAAAAGCUCUAGAUCCAAUGAUGGAGCGUGAAAUUGAAGAGCUUCGUCAAAGAUAUACUGCUAAGAGACAACCAAUUCUGGAUGCUAUGGAUGCAAAAAAAAGAAGGCAACAGAACUUCUGAUUUUCUUAAGAAGAUAAUGCUACAAGUUGAUGUGGACACUGGGAGAGUCUUCAUAACUACAGGUUUUGAAAAGCAGGUCCUUUGAGCUUUGCAACAACUCAAGCAGAAGGACUUGUAAAGGAAAGCAUUCUAAAUGUCCUUGAGCCCAAAUGAAAAGUCUGCUGUGUUUUUCAUGUUUUAAUACAAUAGAAGUUUCACAUUCCUAAGCUCUGUCAGCAGUGUUUCAGUAAUGCUAUGUGUUAUGCAGUAAUGACUUGGGGUCCUAGUAAGACUUCAAACAAUUUCAAAUUUUCCAAUUAAUGCAGAACUUUAAGUGGCAAUGUAUGCGCCUAUCAUUUAAAGGCAUAUUUAUUCCACAUGCUUUGGUGAUUUAUUUAUUUUUAUGCUUGAUGCUUCUUAACUAUAAAUGGUGCUUGCAGUUAGUACUAGUGGAAGCCAGGGCAGAGUAAGUUAAGUGUAUGUUUAUGGUCACACUCUAAAUGGAAUGUAUUGCUGUAUUAAGGGCUGACUCAGGUAGAGUAUUAGCUCCAGCUGGCUUGUAAGCACACACAUGGGUCUCAUGGGGUUUUUAGUCAGGAGCUUGAUGUUGAGUGUAGAGAAAUACUUACGUAAGGAUGAGCAUGCAGCCACCUCCUCUACUCUCUUGGGCAUCUCUCUUUGAAAAUAACAGGGUUAUGCAGUCUUAAGCAACUCCUUUUUCCAGGGGAAUUGCACUGGAGAAAUUCCAAGUGGGUUUUGUCUUAAGCCUGUCCCUUUCACAAACAAUAGGCAGGAUCUUACAAUGUAAGAAACAAGUGCCUAUAUACUGUGUUUUCUUUCUCUCCUUCCCUCCUUUACUUUUUAAUACAGAAAAAUGCAGGUCCCUAAUUUUAUGGUGCAUAUUUCUUAUCUACCACUCUUUUUCAUUUUGCAUACUUUUCAGUAUCUCCUUUGGCUCCAUGAUAAAGGCUAUCUUUUUCUAAUAAGCAUGAUUUUUUUUUACUUACCUAUUCAGUCUACUUACCUUUUCCCCUUAUUUUAUUGAAAUUUGGAAAUGUUUUCAUAUUACAAACACACUCUGAGAAACACUAAUUGAAAAGCCAAAGAAAAUUACUCUGAUUCCAGCAUUCUUUCAUGUUUUCUUUGUUUUCUUUUUUUUUCUUGAUAGUUUUCCUUUCAGCAGCUCUUCUUUGUAAUAAUUUCCAAGGUAAUAGGUUUGUUCCUGUAGGUAUCCCAGUACCGUUGUGUAGAUAUUUUCAUCUGUUAUCUUAUGUGCUUUCCUAGAAAUAUGCCCUUUAAGUUCAAUUUCUUCAGUAUGUUAUAGCAUUCCCCCAUUUUUCAUUUAGUCUUCUGUCUAAUAUGUGAAAUGUAUUGUAUUGUCUGUAUAAAUAGCUACUUUUGUAUGCUUAUGGAAUUUUGUAAGUCAUAUUACAAUUAUGCUAACAGGGCCACAGGUUUAUUUUGUCCUUACCUUCCCCCUUGCCACUAAUUUACAUGUUAAGAUUCUGGAUUUUAGUGAAUUGUCCAUUUUAUUAUGUGUUUCAGUCAUUGUGAGCCACUUAUAUUAUGCACUGAAAACUGGAAAACCACAGUGUAUUCUGAAAAGCCUUAAAAUAUUUGAAAUAAAUUACCAUUCCUUUAUAUUUCAGCUGAGAACAAUUUUACCAAGUGUAUGAAUACAUGUGCAUAAAUUGAAACCCCAAACAUAAAUUGAAAAUCACUUAAACUUUUAUAGCUUAAAUGAGCUGCUAUAAACCAUAAUUUUUUAAUGAAUGAAAUAGAAAAAGUUAUGGUAUAAACUCACUGGGGCUAAUGUCUCUUAACUGCUUUUCAUAUCAUCAGAUUGAUUGCAAUUUACUGUGAAUUAUUUUUUUUUUAGGUAAGGCAUCUAAAUCAUUUUUCUAAAUGACAAAUAGAUGUAUAGUUAAUUAUAAGUAAUUCUAUUGUAACUUAUAAAACCUUCCUAACAUACUCUAUAAUAAUAUAUGUUACAAAGAAAAUCUCAAUGCAUAAUUGAUAUUAUGGGCACCUUCCAUUUGAAGCAAUUGAAAUGCAAACAGAAUUGUCAUAAUAGCUACCAAAACUGUUUUAGAGUCGGUAGAGUGCAAAUGGGAUAGAACUCAACAGUUAAGAACUGAUUUCUAUCUGUAAUUCUCAGUCAGUAUAUGAUUGCAUAGGUUCUUGGAUCUAAAGGUUUAGGAACCAGUCAUGAUCCACCCUGGGGGGAGGGGGAAAAGUACUGAAACAGCAGCAGUUGAUGCUUGAAUUAAUGGAAAGACUUGUGACAAGGAGUUCAGAAUCCCAUUGUUUCGUAUAGAGUUAGGAGUGAAUGUGUUCAGUCUAAUGAGGUUAGUCAUUUAGAUUAGUACCGAGUAAGUUUUGUCCAACAAGAAAUUUUCUUUAAUGUUCUUGGUUUUGCAGAACAUUCUAAAAUCUUGUACAUUAAAAAUGAAUGACUAAAUCACCUUUUUUCAGAUCUGUGAAAAUACCAAACAAGAUUAAUCAGGUCAUCAACCUGAUUGGUUUUCCUGGUGUGCCUUAUGCAGUUUAAUCAAUUAAAAUUAUUUGAUUCUUUCUUUUGGUAUUGCUUUGAUUAUUAUUAACUCAGUGAAAUCCAGAAAGACAAUACUAAAGCCAACUUCCAGGCUAAGACGUACACAUAGCACUUGGAAAGAUCUCGGUUCAGAUACUAACAUAGAUUUGACACAUACAUUUUGGUAUAAGAUAUGCACAAUCUUCACUCUUUCCUCGUACUGUCAUUCUUGACUGAUCAGAGUUACCCAGGAAGUUUUCAGUACCUAUAACCAUAGUUUUGCAUUGCAUCCAGAUAAUGAACUAAGGUUCAGAACAAGCCAGAAAUUUAAAAAUAGUUGCAAAUUGUCAUUUCAGAGUAUGUCUUGCUCUGAACCUACUUGUAAUUUUCAGAUACAAACAUAACUGAAACCCCUGAUUAGGUGAAGACUUUCUGAGUUAAUUGCAAUAUAUCAAGACAGGAAGAGACAAAGCAAGGAUUGAAAGCAUGGGCACAAAUAUUUUUAUUUCCAAAAUAUUUUAUUUUUUAUGAUGCUUGCUUUAGCCUCUGUUGCUUAUAACUGAUUGGUGUUUUAAAUGAUAAUUGUUGAUAGUUUUAUUGUGUUUCAAAUUUGAUUUAUAUAGACAAUUUGUGCUUUUAGUAUAAGUUAAGUUGAGAGAUGUUAGCUAGAGGAUGAGUGAUCAUUCUUAGGAUAAAAUGCUUCAGAAGCUGCAAAUGUUACAUCCUGACUGGGGAGUGAGUAUUACACUUACUAUAGAUUAAAGGUCUAUUCUAAAGCAAAUGAGAUUGUGGAAAGUAACAGACAAAAUAUAAUAUUUGGAAUUCCCUGAAUUUCUCUACAGUUAUAGUAUAGUAUUAAUAUAAUCAGUUUGAGCAGAUAAUUUGAUUUAUCACUAUUACUGAUCAAGGCAACAAGUUGUAUAAUAAUGAAAUUUAGGGAUAGGAGUUAUAUGCAAUUGACCUUUUUAUUAUUUCAUAUUUAUUAAUGUUUACUGAAACAUACAUUAUUUGUGCUCACAACCAUUUUUAUUUCUACUAAAAUAUACGGUUUUGUAAAAUACUUUUUUAAAUUAAACUUGCAAUAAUUCUAUUAUAGACCUUGUGAAAUUUUAACUCAGUUUGGUUUAUAGUUUGUUUCCUGUCUCAUAUAUAAAAAUUUUACCGUUCUAAAGUACAAUUUCCCCAAACUCUGAAACAUAAAUGUUUGUUACCAUUUUGAAUAAAAAGCUAUUUUCCAUCAAUA